AGUUCUAGAAAAUAGGGAGUUUGACCAACAGUAUGAAACGGACAUCAGUGAAGGACAGUCUGUUCAGUUCAACUAGAGAGAUUUCCAGUUUGGUUCUCUAAAGACACACAAGAACAUGAUUGCUACGGAAAAGUUGCUUCUGAUUUCCUGCCUUUUUCAAGGUAUAAUUUGCAAUGAAUUUAAAGCCUUCAUGCCGCAGCGUAUUAAAGCCUUGAGCGGCUCCUGUGUGCUGAUUCCAUGUACAUUCACAAUUGAAGAGAGGUUGGAGAGUGCAAUGGUGGAACCGGCCAGAGGAAUUUGGAUGACUUCUUAUAAUUUCAGACAUAUUGUAUUUGACUCCAGUAGACAUUAUGGCGAGAAUACCCUGAAAGCAGAGCUACUUGGUAAAGUGACUAACAAGAAUUGCACCACAAUAAUACAUCAUUUAAAAACAAGUGAUUCAAAAAGUUAUUUCUUAAGAGCAGACCCCCCUAAAUACACCUUUCGCGAGAAUGUUACGCUUGAAGUUGUAGACUCUCCGGACAGACCAGCGAUCAGCCCAUCGAGUGAAGUGAAGGAGGGAGCUCCCACGAGUUUAGCCUGCACUGCUCCAGCACCGUGCCCAAGAGAACCUCCAGCCCUGGUGUGGAGCGACACUCUGGAUGGGAGUGUGGAGAUAGAGCAGGUUGAGCAGCAGGAUGGGACCAAGGCUGUAUCUUCUGUUCUGACAUUCACUGCCUCACAUCUGCACCACAACAAGGACAUCACAUGCACUGCGCAGUAUCCAGUGGGGUCUGAAAGUAAAAGCGCUGGAAAAGUCUCGACUCUUCAUGUUCUCUAUUCACCGAAGAACACGUUGGUGUUAAUAAACCCUUCUGGUGAAAUACAUGAAGGAGAUCAUGUGACACUGAGCUGCAGCAGCAAUGCAAACCCAGCAGUGAGCCGCUACACCUGGUUUAAAGUGAAGGGAGAUAAUAUCAAUGAGAAAAGUGCUGAACAGAAUCUCACUUUUACUGACAUUGACCCGAGUGACAGUGGACUGUACUACUGUGAAGCAAGGAAUGAGCAUGGGGCAGAGAACUCGACGGCCGUGCAGCUGAAUGUAGCAUUUUUAGAAAUAGCGAGUUUGACCAACAGUGUGAAACAGGCAUCAGUGAAGCACAGUCUGUUCAGGUCAACUAGCGAGAUUCCUGAACAGACUUGUGCUUUUACAGAUUUCCAGUUUGGUUCUCUAAAGACACACAAGAACAUGAUUGCUACGGAAAAGUUGCUUCUGAUUUCCUGCCUUUUUCAAGGUAUAAUUUGCAAUGAAUUUAAAGUCUUCAUGCCUCAGCGUAUUAAAGCCUUGAGCGGCUCCUGUGUGCUGAUUCCAUGUACAUUCACAAUUGAAGAGAGGUUUGAGAACGAUAUGAUUGAACCGGCCAGAGGAAUUUGGAGGACUUCCCUAUAUUCUGGAAAUGUAUUUGACUCCAGUAAAGAUUAUGGCGAGAAUACCCUGAAAGCAGAGCUACUUGGUAACGUGACUAACAAGAAUUGCACCACAAUAAUACAUCAUUUAAAAACCAGUGAUUCAAAAAGUUAUUUCUUCAGAGCAGAACCCCCUAAAUACAACUUUUAUCCGAGUGUUUCGAUUGAAAUUGUAGACUCUCCGGACAGACCAGCGAUCAGCCCAUCGAGUGCAGUGAAGGAGCGAGCUCCCACGAGUUUAGCCUGCACUGCUCCAGCCCCGUGCCCAAGAGAACCUCCAGCCGUGGUGUGGAGCGACACUCUGGACGGGAGUGUGGAGAUAGAGCAGGUUGAGCAGCAGGAUGGGACCAAGGCUGUAUCUUCUGUUCUGACGUUCACUGCCUCACAUCUGCACCACAACAAGGACAUCACAUGCACUGCGCAGUAUCCAGUGGAGUCUGAAACUAAAAGUGCUGAAGAAGUCUCGACUCUUCAUGUUCUCUAUUCACCGAAGAACACGUUGGUGUUAAUAAACCCUUCUGGUGAAAUACAUGAAGGAGAUCAUGUGACACUGAGCUGCAGCAGCAAUGCAAACCCAGCAGUGAGCCGCUACACCUGGUUUAAAGUGAAGGGAGAUAAUAUCACAGAGAAAAGUGUUGAACAGGAUCUCACUUUUACUGACAUUAACCCGAGUGACAGUGGACUGUACUACUGUGAAGCAAGGAAUGAGCAUGGGGCAGAGAACUCGACAGCCGUGCAGCUGAAUGUAGCAUGCAUGCCACAGAUUUCACAUGAAUCCAGUUGCUCAAAAGAUGAUACCGAAAGCAUUACCUGCAUUUGUGUGAGCCGUGGGAGUCCAUCACCGAUCACUGAAUGGAGGAUUGCUGGAAAUAAACUGGAAAACAACACAGAUAGAGGGAGCAUCAGUAACUCAAAGUUAGAAGACCACACAAUGAGAAGCACACUCAUCCUGCUGGAGUCGUUGGCUAAAAAUGAGGCUAUACAGUGUCUGAGUAAAAACCGCAUUGGCACUGCAAGCUUCCAGUUCCAUGUGUUCCAUGAACAGAAGGAAGCUCCUGCAACUCCAUGUAUUUAUGUUGUCAUGGGAACAGCGGCUGUUCAGAUGUUAUCCACCAUUUUGGUUUUUGUAUUCAUAAUGAAAAGGUAUGUCUUUGAACGCUAAACAUAAAGUAUGUGUGGUUGUUACUUCACAUAUGUAGUUGUCAGUGUACUGUUAACAUAUAUUUUCAUUUUUCAUUUCAUGUGUGUAUAAAGAAAGAGAAAGGUAAGUCUGGAUUUUUUCAUUUGCUCAGUUUUGCUUAAUACUGUGGAACUGGUUCUAUGUUCUAUUAGAAUAUAUGAACUGUUAAAAUACUAGGACAGCAGCUGUCUCUAUACUGUGAACCCCUUUAUAGACUCUUAAGUAAUAUUUGCAUUACAUUUAGUGAUGAGGAACAGCCAGUGAUUCUGUAGU